CCACAGAGUGGGUUCUGCCUCCCCCGGUGGGAUUUUAUCUGACGUUUCCCUGAGCUAAAACAAGGGAAACUGAUGGGUUUGGAAGCGCUAGCUGGGUGACUGUGAAGCACUCUGCCUGCAGGUCUGAAAAUAGUUUGUGCGUUUGAAAUCUCCACCCGGCUCUAAACGCACCCUACUCAAUGAAAAUGUGCUCGAGGGGGAUGGGGUGAAGGAGGCAAGUUGAUUGGAGGAGGUUUGAAACAGUUUAUGUUCGGUCAGACCAGAAGGAAUUCAUUUGAAGUGACUUGGCGUUGAGGGAAAGGCAGAAGCUCUGGCGGUGAAAGAAAAAGCUGUUUUGAGGGAGAGGAAGGAACAGAGAGACAGCAGCCUGUAAGACACAUGGGCUUGAAAUGCUGGUUGCACAUUAGUCCCUGAUUCCAAAGCAGUCUGAUGUGCAUGUGUGUAUUGACUUGUGUCGAUCGACGCUGGCAGUAUAAGCAAGGGCGGAAUGUGGAAUGCAAAAGCCGUUAAGUUGAAGCAGAACAAUUGUAUGAUUCAAAACAAGAAGACAAGUGUGUAGAAAGAGAGCGCUAGUCGUCAUGGCUUCACUUGAUUGGCUGAUUGUUGCGGUAGCUAGUUUCACACUGUUUCAAAUUAUGUUCCAUUAUUUAAGUGCGAGGAUAUCCUUAUUUUUCUGCAAGAGUUAUCAAACAUUGACUGACAUUCAGAAGACUGAAUGGAACUCCAGGGUGGUGUCAACGUUUCAUGCACUAAUAGUUGGGCUGUUGUGUCUAUAUUUGCUGUGGUUUGAUGAUGCGGUUAAUGCCGAUCCUAUCUGGGGGGACCCUGCACUGGUUAAAUUAAAUGUUGGUCUAACUGCGGGCUACCUCAUUUCUGAUUUCCUACUCAUGUUAUGGUAUUGGGAAGCAAUUGGAGACAUAUAUUUUAUUAUCCACCAUUCAACAGCGCUAUAUGCUUACUACUAUGUACUGGGCCAAGGAUUGCUGCCUUAUUUUGCUAACUUCCGUCUGAUUGCAGAAUUUUCAACUCCUUUUGUUAACCAGCGGUGGUUUUUUGAAGCAUUAAGUUAUCCAAAAACUUCCUUGCCAAAUAUUAUUAAUGGGUUUCUAAUGACAGUGGUAUUCUUUCUGGUGAGAAUUGCUGUCAUGCCUCCAUACUAUAACAAAAUGAUUUCCACGUUUGGAACAGAGGCCUUUUACAAGCUUGGACUGCGAGCACAAUUUGCUUGGAUUGCUGCCAGCCUUUGCUUAGAUGUUAUGAAUAUAAUGUGGAUGUACAAGAUUGGAAGGGGGUGCUACAAAGUCUUGCUUGCUUGCAAGAAGCAGCAAGCAGACAUUCAGAAAAAUGGAAAACAACGGUAGAGAUGUGCUUUGCUUGUUGUAAAUAUAUUUUUAAAUUUUGAGAGCAUUCAUGAUGGUGUUUUGUACACAACGGUGGAACCUUAGUUACAAGCUAACAGUGUACUGUAUCACUAACGAUCUGUUUAAUCAAAUGAAGAUGACCAUUGAAUUUUAGAACUUAAGUCUACAACAUCUACAGUUUUGCUACAAUACAAUAUCUAAAUGAUAAAUGCACUGAAUAACAAUAAUAUGCUUAUUCAUACAUAUACAAGUAGAAGCCCUCAAACUGCAUGCGGGUUAAAUCCAACUCUGAAGAAUUUACAUUUUAGGUUUGCACUUUUAUUUUGGAACACAGUGCUUUGAAUGCCACAAGCAAUUGUACACCUGCAUCAAGAUCUUUCAUUGCCAUGGAGGAAAUUAUUGAUUAGAAUACUUGCUCAUUUGAACUGUGAACAAAAAAUUCCUCUUCACUGAAAACUAGCAAGAAUAACUUGCAUUUAUAAAGUGCCUUUGAAACAGGAAGAAAUCGCAAGGAAGACAGACAUGUUGAAAACAGUCAGUUCUUUAGGAUUGGAAGAUCACUAUUUGCAUGCAUAAGUGGCUCAAAUGCAUAACUUAUUUUUUAAAAUAGACUAAUAUUAAGAUGUCUCAUUUAAGAAGUCAUCAUGUGGUGUGUCAUCUGGUUGAAUUUAUGGUAUUAAAAAGGUUGUUUAACCUUUGCUGUUUUAGGAAUCAUUAAUCUAUUAGGCACGUAGUUGACAGGAAAUUUGUUUCUGUUGAAUCUAAAAAUAUAUUUAUGCAGAAUACAUUCAGAAUACCUGCAGGAAGUAAUCAGUACUGUGUGACUUUAUAAUUUAAUCUCGUACAAUCAUUAGUGAAGUGAUUGCAAAUAGCUACUUGUCACAGCUUUGAAUUUUGAUUAAUUUUAAUUGGUAAAUCUACAUGUGUAGAUAUGUAUGUGUGUGAUAUAUAUAUAUAUAUAUAUUUGAUUUUUUCAACUCUGUAUUAUGUGGUAGCAUGUAAUAGCCAUGAAGAUCCUAAUUCCACUGGAGAUGGAUGAAACUAUAUGGUUUGCAUUUUUUUAUAAAAAAAAGUCUAGCAAUAAUGGCCAAUGUAUGGUUUUUGUCAGUUCCCUUGAUGCCAUCAUUUGUGUUGACCAACACUCCUUAAUUAAGUCAUUACCUCAGUCCUCCAACAUAAUAUUAUUUCUGAGUUCACAAUACAGAAUUGACGUUGUACUGUUCUCUGUAAUGCUGCUUCAAUGUGUAAGCUAAUUGUAUCUUUACAGGCUUUUUGUGGUAUGACUAUUGUUUCAUUAGCUCAUAUAGACAUGGAAAAUUGGCUAAUUGAACUGUCUACCACAACAGUAGAUAUCUUGAUGUCAGAAACUCCUCUGUGACCAUUGUGGAACCUGAUGGUAUGACUUACUUAAGUUUUUAAUUAUUUAAGACGUUCUGUGGAGAAAGUUGGAUAAAAUUGAAAUGUAUUACUAUACUAAGUGCCUAUCUGAAUUCAACAUGUCUUUAACAUUAUGCUUGAUUUAGAUGUCAAGUUGGAAAAAUUUUAACAAUAGUCAAGUGAACAGGUCAACAUUUUAUGAGCCUUGGUAUGCUUUAACACCCCUGAAUUGAACCACCAAUUAGUCACAGGGGUAGAUAAUAUUUAUGGAAUUGUGUAUUUGUAUUUUGUAAUUUUGCAUGCAUAUCAAUUGUUACAUUUAGGCUUUGAUUGUCUAUGAAGUACUCAAGCUAAAAAUAUUGUACUUAUCUCUGAAUAACAUAGAUGUUCUACUUUUUUAUCUGAAACAAAUUUUAGAUGAAUUUUUCAAGCCUAUUCAUUUUGCUUCGCCAUCAAUACAAUUCCAAAUUAACUUGUAUCACCUGCAUCUUUAAACUGUUUGUUUUUGUUUAAAGAAAUGACUAACUAUCUUAAUUUUUUUUUUCUCCUUACACAUUCAAUUAUUUAGUCUAUUGGCAUUUCUGAUAAGUGCAGUUUUCACCAUUUAUCUAAGCCAGUUGGAGUAAAAAAUCAUCUUAACAUUUACUAUUAUUUAAAAUAUUGCAGUGUUGUUUAUUUAAAUCAAUUCAUUCCUCCAAGUGUUAAGAUGAGAAGGUAUCUUUGAUAUUCUGAUAUAAAUUAAGAUUUUAUUUUUAAUUUGGCAUGCAGAUAAGUGAGUUUUGCAAAAUACUGAUGCAGCGCCUCAAAUAGUUGUAAGCACAGUUUUGUUUUUAAUUUAACCUGUUUUUCUAAUCAACCUGUUCAGUGAUGUUAUUACACAUCUCUGGAGCAGGUGGGAUAUCAUCCCAGGCCACCUAGUCCAGGGGUAGGUACCCUACUUUUGCACCAUGAGCCCUUCUGAUGCUUCUUCCUGGCUCUGACUCAAGGCCUUCUGCAUGUGAAACGUAUGCGAUAACCAGAGAAAUGGUCACAAUUGAAAGUGUUAAAGAUGUACUGUUAUUUGAAACAGCCAAGCAACAAUUAGAUUCAUUAAAUGCAAGUACCUGCUAUUCCACGUGUGUAAUUUUAACUAUCUUUGUUUUUUAAGAAUGCACGCCACCCCCAGGGUCAUGUUUUCCAAAAAGUUGUAAAAUUAAAUUAUUUUUAUUUUAAUCAUAAUAACAUGAGUAAAAAUACUUGUCUUUGGCCAUUUUAGUUUCAAUUAUUUGUAUCAAAAUAACACAGUCUAUUCAUAGCAAAGCUAAUACAUAUUAAUCAAGAUCGAGCAGUAUAGGAAAACCUCAUUGUAUGUAUAUGUUAUCAAAAUUAUCUGUCAGAUUAAUCAGGGAUUUUUAGGUACCACAAUCAAUAUCCCAUUUUUGAGGUUAAUUAUUUGAAAUAUCUGAGAAAUAACAUCGCUCAUGGUAAUUUUAAAAGUUGUAGAUAAAAGUGAGAAACUUGAGUCUGGGCAAAACCGAUCAUCUCGUCCUGUUUUGAUUUUGUUACUUUAUGCCUAUAGUUUUACGAUAGUCUUAGUCUUAGUUAUGGACAUAAAAGGGUUAAAUUAAUCUUCAGCAAUGGCUAGUUCACAGUCCAUCCAUUUUACCAUGCUACCGAUUUUAAAUUAGUACUGAUAUAAGAAGAUCCAGAGGUUUCUUGAAACAAUUGAUACUUACUGAAGUACAGUAAAAACUGGUGUGGCAUUAAUCUAUAAGCCGAUUAAAUAACAGAUUUGAUUCUUAUUCAUUAAUCCCAACUAGCAGCUGGGUUUUUAGAAUUGUUUAGAACACCUCUCCUUCAGAGAGGAGAAAAUAUUUAAGAGUUCCAACUCCUAACUGUGUUUGGCUACUGACUUGUCGUAUUUAGGGAAACCAGUAUUGCAAUUGAUUGUAAUGUCCUCCCGUGAAGUAGCUGGUUGAGAUUCACUGUCUUAAGCUUGUGCAGCCAGCCACAAAAUAUUAACUCUGAUUUUUCUUCAUAGAUGAUGCCAGACUUGCUGAUCUUCUCCAGAAACUUCUGUUUUUGUUCUAGCAGCAAUUAAGGUUUGGAACUCUUACUUGUUCUCUCAUCCCUCGCUGAGGGGAGAGGCACUGUAAAUGAUUCUGACCACCCAGUUGCUGCACAUGGCUGGGAUUAAUCCAAAUACUGAUUUAAUGUUAUGCCAUGGUUAGUGAACAGUUGGAAUUGGUGUGAAGUACUAGGUGCUACUUUUACUGUUUAUAAAUGUACCUUGCUGAGAAUCAUCAUCAUCAUCAUUAAACAGAUAAUUGUUUAUAAACAAGUUGCAUGUUAGUUACUUUAAUGGCUUAAUAACAAUUAUUAUGCUUCAAGUAGAUUUUAUGAAUUUUUGAAACUAAUGUUUUCUAAUAAAGUAUGUAGUUAGCUUGUCUGUUGGAUGUUACAGAUAUAUAUAAUAUAUAUUAUUUAGCCUUAAAUAUUGAUUCAACUUUCCUGGGACAAUAUUUUAGGAGGACUAUUGUAGGCAUAUGUCUUUUUUAUUUACCGUAUAAAUGUUUGUCCAUGAAACUGAAGAUUGUUUCUUUGUAAAUUGUUUUUAAGUGCUCAGUAACUUAAAAUUUCUCAAUGGCUUAUUUAUAAAACAUAGGAUAUGGUGAAGGAGAGAAGAAUUAAAAGUAUAUUGAGUUCCCAACAAGAUUGUCAAUAGUUUUUACACUGGUCAAAUGUUAGAAGGAUUCUGAGGGAAAAUUGAUUUAGUGAGGGCAAGACUGCCUGCAGUGCACAUUUGUGGUUUGGUUACAUGCAGAAUUUUGAAUAGUUUCAUAAUAUUAAAUCAAAACAAUUGAUUCGUUUUGUUUGCUACUUUAGAACCACAGCAACUUGGUAAAAAAUGUUUUCAUAUCAUUUUAUAGGAUUUGUAAAGAGAAACGAGCCACAAAACACAGAUUUAAGUUGCUGUGGUUGGUUCGCUCACUGAACUGGUUCGUCAGUUCAGUAGUUACUUCAUCGGAGGCUGCACUGAUGAUGUUACCCAGCAGGGUAACGAAACGUCUGUGAACCAGCUCAGCGAGCGAACCAACCACAGCAUCAACAACUCUAGUUACAAAUCUACUCAAGAACCUGAGAUAGAUUUAAGUUAAAGUUUGAAAGAGAGGAAAAAAGAACAAAACCCAAAUUACAAAUGGAAAUGACCUGCCUGGAAAUGUGAUAAAGGUGGAUAUGGUAGCAACUUUCAAAAGGAAAUCGGAUGAACACUUUAAAAAACAUUUACAGAGCAAGGGAGAAAAUGUUAGGAAAUUGAAUUGAUUUAGAUCCCUCCUUCACAGAGUCAGUACAAGGCACAAUGUGCUAUAUCAUGUUCCUCACUUAAAGCUUUUAUAUAUUUUAAAGGUUUAUAUUGAUAAUCAGAUGUUGCAUAAUUAUGAAAUACAAGUUGAAGUCAUUGACAUACAAAUAUCACUGUCUAAUUUUACGUUUCUUAUGCUUAACUCUAUGUAUGCAAUUAAAGCUUUUUGAUGCUAUCUUAAUCAUGCUUGCAAUUUUUAAAGUUAAAUGUAUUCCACAAUGUUCAGAUGUAAAAAGGCUUUUGCUAAGAAACGCCAAUGAUUUCCUGAAAGAUUGUAUUCUAAAUGACAAUAAAGUAUGUGUUCUGA